UGUGAGUUGGUUGGCAGUCAAUGCUUAGUAGUCAACAUGGAAUGGAAGGGUGCUGAUUCUGGGCUGACAAACUCAGUCAGGGAAAUGCUGCGGGACGAAUGCUACACUGAUUUUCUGAGAGAUGAUUUUGAUGUUAAAACAUACACAUCUCAGUCUAUCCAUCAAGCUGUCAUCGCAGAGCAGCUGGCAAAGCUUGCCCAAGGUAUCAGUCAGUUGGAUAAAGAGCUUCACGUGCAGGUAGUUGCAAGACAUGAAGAUCUGUUGGCACAAGCAACAGGGAUUGAGUCUUUAGAAGGUGUUCUCCAGAUGAUGCAGACUAGAAUUGGAGCCUUGCAAAGUGCACUUGAUAGAAUACGAACAAAAAUAGUUGACCCAUAUAACAAGAUUAUAUCACGUACCGCACAGCUGGCUCGUCUACAGUCUGCUUGUGAUUUGCUUCGGAGAAUUAUACGCAUCUUGUAUCUCAGCAAGAGGCUUCAAGGUCAGCUGCAAGGAGGGAGUAGAGAGAUAACCAAAGCUGCUCAAAGUCUUAAUGAGCUGGACUAUCUUUCUCAAGGGACGGAUCUGUCAGGAAUAGAAGUCAUUGCCAGUGACCUACUCUUCAUUGCUCGAGCUCGCCUGGAAGUGGAAAACCAAGCCAAGCGCUUGUUGGAGCAGGGAGUUGAAACUCAGAAUCCAACACAGGUCGGUACAGCACUUCAAGUCUUCUACAACUUGGGAGCACUGAAAGAUAUUAUCACAAGUGUUGUGGAUGGAUAUUGUACCUCUCUAGAUGAGAAUAUCAACAAUGCAUUAGAUAUUAAAUUUUUAACUCAGACAUCUCAAGCCGUCCAAAGAGGAGCCCCAGGUCGAGCAGCUAUGCCACAGCCAGGAAACACUGCAGCUUUCCGAGCAGCACUUUGGACAAAUAUGGAGAAGCUUAUGGACCAGAUAUAUUCUGCCUGUGUCCAGGUGCAGCACCUUCAGAAAGUAUUGACAAAGAAGAGAGACCCUGUGUCACAUGUCUGUUUUAUUGAUGAAAUUGCAAAGGAUGGACAAGCCGAUAUUCUAUAUACAUUCUGGAAUUCAGUUACACAAAGACUUUCAUCCCAGUUUACAAAGGCGACAAACUCUUCAACAUUUUUGAAACAGGCCUUUGAAGGAGAAUACCCUAAGCUACUGAGACUGUAUAAUGAUUUGUGGAAGCGUCUCCAGCAGUAUAGUCAAAACUUACAAGGAUCGUUCACAAGCAGUGGAGGUUCUGACCUUGUUCCUGAGAUACAGCCUGUGGAAGAUGAGGCACAUAAUAUAUUUGUGGUUAAGAAACAAGACAAUGACCCAGAAAAAACGUUGAAAGACUCGCUGCAACCUUAUGAAGCCGCUUACCUGUCUAAAUCCUUAUCACGCCUUUUUGAUCCCAUCAACCUUGUCUUCCCUACUGGAGGUCGCAACCCCCCUUCGGCUGAUGAACUGGACAGCAUCAUUAAAACUAUUGUGAGUGAAAUGAAUGUGGCAGCUGUGGAUCCCAAUCUCUGCAUAGCGGUCUCAAAAAAUGUGGCCAAAACCAUACAGCUCUAUGGUGUCAAAUCAGAACAGCUUCUUUCAACGCAAGGAGAAGCAAGUCAAGUAAUUGGGCCCCUUACAGAAGGACAGCGUCGAAAUGUUGCUGUUGUAAAUUCACUAUAUAGACUGCACCAGUCUAUCCAAAAGGUUAUGUCGAGUCAAGGUUCCCUCCCAGCAGCUGGUGAACAAACCAUUUCGGCUUCCUUGAAGAUAAUUUAUAACCUGAUGGGAAAUGCAGUACAACCUCUGCUGAACUCAGUGGGCGACUCUGUUGAGGCCAUUAUUAUAACUAUGCACCAAGAAGACUUCUCUGGAAACGUGGUGAAUGCUGGAAAACUAGAUAUCCCCUGCUCUUUGUACAUGAAAGAAUUACAAGGUUUUAUUGCGAGAGUCAUGAAUGACUAUUUCCGACACUUUGAGUGCUCAGAUUUUGUCUAUGACAACACAGAAGCAAUUGCACAAAGAUCAAUUGAAGUCUUCAUCCGAAAUGCAAGUUUACUGAGACCCCUUGGCGAAGGUGGAAAAAUGAGAUUAGCAGCAGAUUUUGCCCAGAUGGAAUUAGCAGUGGCUCCAUUGUGCAGAAGAGUUGCUGACCUUGGUAAAUCAUACAGGCUUUUGAGAUCAUUCAGGCCAUUGCUGUUCCAGACCAGCGAACAUAUUGCCAAUAGCACUUCCAUAGGAGACAUUAUACCAUACAGUGUAAUCCUCCAGUUCCUCUUUACAAGGGCUCCCCCAGAACUGAAAUCUCCAUUCCAGAGAGCUGAAUGGUCUAUUGCCCGUUACUGCCAAUGGCUGGACGAUCACCCAUCAGAGAAAGACAGGUUGAUUCUCAUAAGAGGUGCGCUGGAAGCAUACACACAAUCUGUUAAAGCCAGAGAAGGUAAAGAGUUUGCACCAGUUUAUCCCAUCAUGGUCCAACUACUCCAAAAAGCAAUGUCAUCUCUGCAGUAGCUUGUGGCAGUUUGUACAGAAGUUCAUAGGCGGGUGUAAUAAGAGUUAUGGGAACGGUAUUUCUACUAUUGUAUUCAUGCAUGCUAAAAUCAUCAUUAAAGUCUUACCUGUAUAAAAAUUCCCCUACUCCCAUGGUACCACAAUUGUUUGUAAAACCAUGCAUAUAAUAAAUUGUUAUACAUA